CAUUUAUUUAGUUUGCGCCCACCUCCUGCUCCUCCUCCUCCUCGUGCUUGAUGCCAACAAGCAGCUCCUCGCACUGACAGAGCUGCUCUUGUCACUGAAGUUGGAGCUCGUUUUGAGUUUUGGAGCCGGCACAAUGACAAGCACAAUACUAGAUCAACUAAGACAGAUGGAAGCAAAACUGGCAACUUUGGAAACCAAGCUGAAGGCCAGUGAGGAAAAGAUUGAGGACCAGAAGACAAAAGAGAAACCCAAGGUGGCAUUCAGUGUAGCAGCAGACGAGGGUGGAAACUAUGGACCUUUUGAUGCUGACAAGACUAUGAGGUACAACAAAAAGAUCACAAACAUCGGCGAUGCCUACAAUAUGUCUACAGGUGUGUUUGAGGCACCUGUUGAUGGUGUUUAUUAUUUCAUCUUCUUCUUCCGUGCUGAAGGAAAACACCCAUCAGGGCUGAUACUGUGUAAGAACGACAACCCCGUUAUAAUGUCAGAUGACGGCCAGGCCAGCUAUGACCCAGCUGAUACUGGAGGAAAUGCAACAGUCCUAGAGCUAAAGAAAGGGGACGAGGUGCACAUGCGUCUGCCUAAAGGCAACCAUGUUUGGGCGUCAGAGCGCCACACCACCUUCAGUGGUUUUCUGGUCAGUCAGAAUUGAUGACUCUAGAAAAAUUAUUCUAAAAGCCUGAGAUCAAUGAUGCAUCUACUUUGAAAUUAAAAUUCAGUUUGAAACAACUGGCUGUUGACGUCAUAUUACUGUGGUGAACUAAAAUAAAUCAUCACAACAUUUGUUAAA